GCAGGGCGCAGGCGCGCGGCUCCGCCUGCCCGCGAGAAGCCGGCCGCGGGACGCGGUUGGCGUGUGACGUGCGGAGCUUGUGUAAGGAUGGAGCCUCUGAAGGUGGAAAAGUUCAGCAGCACCGACAGGGGAAAUGGGCUGCGCGCCUCGGCGCCGCUGCGCCCCGGAGAGCUGCUCUUCCGCUCCGAUCCCUUGGCGUACACGGUGUGCAAGGGGAGUCGCGGGGUUGUGUGCGACCGCUGCCUCCUCGGGAAGGAAAAGCUGAUGCGAUGCUCUCAGUGCCGUGUUGCCAAAUACUGUAGUGCUAAGUGUCAGAAAAAAGGUUGGCCGGAUCACAAGCGGGAAUGCAAAUGCCUUAAAAGCUGCAAACCCAGAUAUCCUCCGGACUCUGUCCGACUUCUUGGCAGAGCUGUUGUCAAACUUAUGGAAGAAACCCCCUCUGAAUCGGAGAAACUUUACUCAUUCUAUGAUCUGGAGUCAAAUAUUAACAAGCUGACUGAAGAUAAGAAAGAGGGCCUCAGGCAACUGGCAAUGACAUUUCAACAUUUCAUGAGAGAAGAAAUACCGGAUGCUUCUCAGCUGCCACCUUCCUUUGACAUUUUUGAAGCCUUUGCAAAAGCUUUGCUUCAGAGUCAGGGACCUCCAUGGAUGGAAGUUUUGCUCAUGUUCUGUGAUGUUGGGAGAAUCCCCUUUGUAGACCGGGUAACCCUCGGGAGCGAAGUGACGGACUUCUGCCGAGAGUGA